AUGUUUAGUUUUAUGAAAAAAGAUAAAGAGCACAAAGAGAAAAAGGAGAAAGAUGACAGGAAAAAGGAAAAGAAAGAUAAAAAGGAUAAGGAGAAGAAAGCUAAAGAACGAGAACCGAUGACACAAGAUGACUUAAAAAGACUUGAUGAGGUCAAGAAAGGUGUUUUCCGGAGAUUUAGUGACAGAGAUCGUACAAAGAAAUCUGGUAGUGUAAAAGGGGCCACAUCAUCAGAUGGAGUACCCAGGGAUAGCAGUGACAGCAGUCUCAGCUCAGGGCGGCCGAGUCCAGUACGAGAGAUACCUCCCACAGAUAGAAAAUUUGAUAUCCGUGACUUGAAUAAACCAGAGCGAGUACCAAGUAGAGGUUCAGCGGAUAAACCAAAACCCUCUCCAAAACCAAGAAGUAUCUUAAAGCCCAAACAUUCUGGGCCUGUAGCAGAAGAUAUUGAUAGCUCGAUCAUAUUAAAAGAAAAUACAAGAUUGAAUCAGCUGACAGCACAUAUCAUAAACAAUGGUGAAGAACAGACCUAUGAAAACGUACCUGUUCAGGAACCUCCUAAAGAGCCAGAAAAGUCUUACAAAUCAAAGUUAAGGCUGCCUUCAAUAGUUCCUCCCCAACCCCCACGGAUCCGAGAGUUAAUUCUCAAGCGACAACCUGCUGGUGAUUUUGGAUUCACUCUUAGAAAAGCUGUGCUAGUAGAUAAAGGAGGGGGAGACAAUCAGGAGACCCGUCACACUGUUAUUUUUGCAGAGCCAGGAAGCGGUGUGCGAAACUUACAAACGGGCCUUAUCCCUGGAGACAAACUCAUUGAGGUCAACGGUACUAACGUAGAAACCACUAGUCGUGAAGAAAUUGUAGAGUUAAUCAAAGCAUCGGGUCAGUCUCUAUCAGUGAAAGUGCAGCCAAUCCAGGAACUGAUCGAGCUUAGUGUCCGUCCAGCUCCAGAUGGCGGAACAAUUGAGGUUCAGGAUGACGUGAUCAAAGGAGGUACUCUCAAGAGAAGUGGCAGCUUUAGACACAAGAAAGGGGCAAGGUCAGAAACUGAGGUACAGUCAGAGAAAGCAUGGUUGGAGGCAGAGAAAGUUUGGCUUGUCCACAAGGGAGGCUUUGCUUCAGCCUGUGUGCUCCGUGCCAAUGGCAUGUCCACUCUCCCAGAGGGACGUGUCCGUAUCAAGCUGGACCACGGUGGCGAUAUUCUUGAGGUAGAUGAGGAUGAUGUUGAAAAGGCAAACCCUCCACAAUUUGACCGUGCUGAAGACCUAGCAUCUCUACGGUACCUGAAUGAGUCCAGUGCACUGCAUUCUUUCCGACAGAGGUACGGAGGAAACCUGAUCCACACGUACGCAGGACAAUGUAUGAUCGUGGUAAAUCCUAUGCACCCAAUGGCUAUCUACUCUGAGAAGGUGAUACAGGUGUUCCGUGGAUGUAAACAGGAAGACAUGCCUCCCCACAUCUACGCAACUGGACAGAUCGCUUACCGUGAGAUGCUCAACUCUCGUAACGACCAAUCAAUUGUGUUCAUGGGGCGAAGUGGUAGUGGUAAAACUACUAAUGGACGACACGUUCUCCACUACCUGGUGGCCUCCGCUGGGAGUGUUAGUAACAUUCUAACAGUGGAUAAACUACAUGCAGUGUCGACCUUGCUAGAGGCUUUCGGUAAUAGUAGAACUAUUCUGAACACAAAUGCCAGUCGGUUUGCCCAGCUGACCACUCUUGACUUUGACCAUUCCGGACAGAUCACCUCAGGUUCUGUACAGAUAUUUUUGUUUGAGAAGACUCGUGUUGUACGUCGCCCAGAAGGGGAACCUAGCUUCCAUGUAUUCUAUCAGAUGUUGGCAGGAAUAGAUUCAACACUAAGGAAUGAGCUACAACUGAACUCCUUGAAUGAACCAAACCUGUUCAUGACACCACUACAAAGGUCAGAGGACCGACAGAGAGCAUCAAGUGCGUGGGCCAAAAUCUACAAUGCCAUGGACCUAGUGGGCAUCAAUGAUGAGGAGAGAAAAGCAUUGUGUUUUGUGUUGGCUGCAAUAUACCACCUGGGUGUGGCAGGGGCAGUCAGGGGUCAGAAUAAUAAGCCUCAGUUUGCCCGACCAGCAGCAGCCCAGAAAGCUGCAUCACUGCUUGGGUUACCAGUGGAGGAACUCUCCAGACAGAUAUUUGCCAAUGCUGGAUCAGGCACGCUGACACGUAAUUCCUCUGUUAGAAACAGCCCAGCUGACAAGGGUGCCAACGAGGCUCACCAAAGUGCCAUGGACGCUCUAGAAGGCUUCGUCAUAGGUCUCUACUCAGACGUCUUCAAUGCGCUAGUGUCUCUUAUCAACAGAUCUCUAUCAUCCACAUACCGAACCUCAGCAUCCAUUACUUUGGUGGACACGCCUGGGUUCCAGAACCCAACAACAUGUGGACGACAGUCAGGUGCAACUUUUGAGGAUCUUUGUCAUAACUAUACACAGGAACGCCUUCAGCUGCUCUUCCAUGAUCUCACAUUUACCAUACAGCAAGACAGGUAUAGCCAGGAAAACAUUGACUGUGAUUUUGAGUUCGUGACAACCAGUCCUGCUGCCAUGGUUUCUCUGAUAGACAAACAGGCCCAACAGUUACUGCGAACCUCCUCCCAAGAUCUCAAGGAUGCUGAUAAAAAAGGGUUGCUAUGGAUACUAGAUGAAGAAGCUAUCUUCCCUGGAGCAACAGAAGAUUCUUUUAUGGAUAGAUUCUUCAAAAAUCACGGGGAACAAAAAGUCCGAAGAGACAGUUUACUGAGGAAAGCAUCAUCAAUAGGCAACACGUUCAUCUUAAACCAUUUCCAGGGCACCAAUCCUGUACAGUACAAUGCUAGUGGCUGGCUCAAGGUGUGUCGGGAGAACCCACAGAUCAAGGUCGCUACUCAGGUCUUACAGGACUCCAAAAAACAAAAUAUAAACCAACUAUUUAAUAACGUGAAGGCCCCUGUUGCUGGAAUGGUGAGUGGGUCUAUUGUUGGGAUGGAAGGAACUGCCUCACUACGACGCGUUGGCAGCAUGAGGAGAACCUUCAUGUCUGGCACGGCUGGAAUCAAGAAACGCUCGCUUUGUCUACAGGUCAAAUUCCAAGUGGACUCCAUCAUAGAGACCAUCAGAAAGACCAAAUGUCACUUUGUCCACAACAUCCUGCCACAGCACAAUGCAGGACUGUGGGAACUCAAACCUCUCCCUUCUCCUACUGACAAACCAGGCACUCCUGAUGAGAUUCUCAUGAAUGUACCACUAGUACGCAGUCAGAUCAGGGGCAGUGAAGUGCUUGAUUCUGUAAGGAUAUACAGACAAGGAUUUCCCGACUCUAUGAGGAUGUCAGAGUUUCGACACAGAUUUGAGGGUCUUCUCAACCCGACUAGUCGACCAGCACCAGACAUGGAGGAAAAAUUGGCUGUGACCACGAUUUUGGAUCAUUUGGAAAUAGAGAAACUCAACUACAGAAUUGGACUUAGCCAGGUGUUCUUCCGGGCAGGUGCUCUGAACCAACUAGAGGCAGCAAGGGACGAGAAGAUCACUGGAACAGUUAUAAGGCUACAAGCUUGUUGUAGAGGCUAUCUGGGCAGGAAGUACUUGGAAAAGUUACGGGUAAAACAUAUCGCCAUCAGCUGUAUCCAGAAAAAUAUACGGAAAUUGAUGCUAAUACGUGAUUGGCCGUGGUGGAGGUUAUACACAAAGGUCAAACCUCUACUGGAUGUACACCGAACAGAAGAAGAGCUCAAAUCAAGGGAGUUACUGAUUGAGUUAUUCAAUUAA